AUGAAAGACAAUUUUCGAUACUUCAUAAUUGAAUAUCCAGAAUUAAAACUUAUCAAUGUAUGGAAACAAACUAUAUCACCCACUGAAGAACUAGAACGUUCUGGUCUCACCACAGCUACAAGAUUCACUCCAAUAAUCACUCAAGCCCCAAUGGAUGGCUGGGGAGGCCUUGUUAAAACUACAUAUGGCGAAGAUAAUGUACAUGUACCUACUUCUUAUCUUAAUGGUGUUCCUGCAAAUCAGCUUUGGCAUUAUUGCAUUGGUAUAUUAUGCACCGCACCUCAAAUAUAUUUGACAGAAGGAAUGCCUGCAAUAUACGGAGUCAGUACUAAACGAGUUAGUCUUUGGUGUGCACUAAGAGAUUCUCGAAAUUAUUUUAAUUUUGUCAAACAUUUAUGUAUUUGUUCUAUUUAUUCUUCUUUAGCAUAUCAAUUCAUGGCAAUAGUUAUUUGCUCCUAA